AUGGGGAUUCCAUCAGCUGUGUUGCUCCUCCUGGCUGCAUUGGUUUGCCGUAUCCACAGCUCGAAUGCUCUCGAUAUUGGAACUCCUGACGAGACACCUUCGCUGAAGCGCAAUAACUCUGCGCUACGCUUCUUCUAUCCGCGCAGCACAGAGGACGGAAUCCAAACUGUUUCUCGUCGGCGGCAGCUGCUGCAAGUUCGGAAAUGGGUGCGUCAGACUCUCGCCAGGAAGGAUUACGAAGUUUCAUUCAUGCCGCUUUGCAGUGACAAGGAACGCUUCCAGAGUCACAUUCAGAAGGCCAUCCUCUCUUCGUUGAACAGACCGACCACGUCCACGCCGCCUACAAAUGACAAGUUGAUACAUCUUACCCUGUAUCCUAGCUGCACCGGUCCGUCAGAUCAAGCUCAAUGGUUCCCGAAUGGUCAUCAAAGAUUCCAGUUUUACUUCCCUACAGUCCCGACGAGUGUCCGCUCUCCAACCCUACCUUUUUCUCAUCAGGCCCACUUGUAUUUGCGAACGAAGAAUCCCGUCGACAUAUCCAACAAGGCCAGUACUCCUAGUAGCCGCGGCUCUACCCCGAACGACGUCGAUGCAAACCUCGAUGCCGCGAACAAUGUGAUCCAAGUUAAUAUCGUUUCCCCCGGCGUAUACUUCCGGCAAUCCCAUCGGAUCGACCUGAGCAAUUCCUAUCCUUAUGUCAAAGUACCGGUACUGUUCUUCGUCGCGAGCUGGAUGGCUACCCACGACAAAGAACCGCAACGGCUGGAAGUGACUGUCAGCGAUCCCCACACGAAUCAAACCCUUAAUAUUGGCGAUUAUUUCGUUGGGAUGCGCUGCGCGACUGCAGAGCCAAAAUUGAGCCUUCCGACUAAAGUUGAUCACACCAGCCAUGAAUAUCUGGAGAGACUCGAAGAUUCCUUUCUGGACGUCUUAUAUUCGACCACAGACGCCUACACAACAAGUGCAUACUUCCGUAGUACCGGAAUCAGCAUGCGCAAUUUGAGCCGUUUGCCUCGCAGCCACCGAGCGAAAAAUCGCUUCGACCCCUCAUCGCUCGAGAAUGAGCUCCGUUGUAACAAACGCCGUGAAUUCUUGUCCUUUGCCGCGGCGGGAGCACCCUCGGUGAUUUCACCACGGGGUUUGGUUUUCGUGACCUGCGAGUGCUCUCGGAUAUGCGACGACAGCGACUCGAAACCAUGCGUUCCGUGUGAGGUCAGGGUUCUGAAGACCGCGACAAUUCCAGUACUUGAAGUUGACGGGAGCGAAGUCGUCAUGCGCGAACGCACGCUCCCUUCAGACUGCGGCUGCUUCUAG